CCACAGGCCAAGCUGGUGACAGCCUCUAUAUAUUUAAAGAGGACGAGAGCCCCCCUCACUCAGUUGAACUGACAGAGACCACACGGGCAGACUUGACCUUGAUCAGAGAGUCUUCAAGAUGCCAAACUGGGGUGGAGGAGCAAAAUGCGGAGCCUGUGAAAAGACUGUCUACCAUGCGGAAGAAAUCCAGUGCAAUGGAAGGAGUUUCCAUAAGACCUGUUUCCACUGCAUGGCCUGCAGGAAGGCUCUGGACAGCACCACAGUAGCAGCUCAUGAGUCGGAGAUCUAUUGUAAGGUCUGCUAUGGGCGCAGGUAUGGCCCCAAAGGAAUCGGUUAUGGACAAGGCGCCGGCUGUCUCAGCACUGACACGGGAGAGCACCUCGGCCUGCAGUUCCAACAAUCCCCAAAGCCAGCACGCUCAGCUACUACCAGCAAUCCUUCCAAGUUCACUGCAAAGUUUGGGGAGUCCGAGAAGUGCCCUCGCUGUGGAAAGUCAGUCUAUGCUGCUGAGAAGGUCAUGGGAGGUGGCAAGCCUUGGCACAAGACCUGUUUCCGCUGUGCCAUCUGUGGGAAGAGUCUAGAGUCUACAAAUGUCACUGACAAAGACGGGGAACUUUAUUGCAAAGUUUGCUAUGCCAAAAAUUUUGGCCCCACAGGCAUUGGAUUUGGAGGCCUUACACAACAAGUGGAAAAGAAAGAAUGAAAAGAUGCACCUUCUCAGAUCUUUCAUCAGCAGAAAGCAUUGCCAAGCAAUCCUGCAGGGUUGGAAAGCUUUUCCUGGACAGCCUCAUUUGAAGCUGGACAGUGUGUCUCUUCUGAAAUAAACAUAGGCUUUACCCAAAGUGAGAAAGGACCUCUGGAAAAAAAUUAUGUAAAAUUUAAUUUGCAAUAAAUGCUUUAUUAUUUACGAUUCUUGGGAUGGGAAAAAAACAAUAAAUAAACAUUUUAGUGGUA